UGAAUGAUGUCCAGCACACUUCAGAUGUUUAUGCUAACAUCGCGAGUAAUCUCUGUCUUUUGGACACACAGCGACAGUCACUAAUAACUAUUGACGUAUUUGGCUGCUUAUAUUGACAGGUGUCCGAUUUAAUGGAGUCAGAAAGUGACGGUGUGGUGCAGUCAUUAGAGUUGAAGCCGUCUGGUGAGGAUGAACCGGGCUCUUCAUCAUUGACAGCGGAAACCGAACAAGACAACACGAGCCAUCCAGAGGACACCAGCCAAAAGAACACACCACAGACGGGUGGACAGGCGCAACCGCUGUGCCGUUUUUUCUCUCAGGGCAGACGAUGCUAUUACGGGAAAAAGUGCCGCUUUCUUCAUCAGAGGGCUGCAGGUGUUAAAAAGGCAGAGAGCAGCGUCGAUCCAAAGACGGAUCACAAAGAGAAAGAAGAAAAUGCAAAUAGUCAGCCAUCAGAUCCACAGCAAGAGUCGAGUGAAAGCACCCAAUCAGAUAAAGAGAAGCUGCCGGUCCCAUCCAGCAACAAAUCGGCCCCUGAGAAACGAGAAAGGGCUAGAAGGCCCUGCCGUUACUUCCUUUCUGGCUUUUGUUCUAUGGAUGACCGAUGUCGCUUCCACCACCCACAGCAGCUUCCGCCAGUUGAGGACCAGCCUUAUGGACCGAGAGAGAGGAGGGGUUUCAGACCCUCUGCUCCAGCUGCACGUCCAGCUCAUGAUCAGGUCAAACUGGCUAAUCUCACUGAGGAGGUCUGCAAACAGCUGAGAGCCACAGAGAUCGCUCAGCUGAUGAAAAGAUUCCCAAAAGAAAAACUUAUAGUGCAGGAGCGAGAAGAUGGAAAGCUAACUUACUACAGAGUGACGGUGCAAGCCACAGACCCUGAAUGGCCUUUUGACCUAAAUGAAGUCGACAUCAUGGUCAGCUUUCCUGAGAAUUACCCUCAAGAGGUGUUCACUCUGGAUGUUCCAGAGGACCAGAAUUUACCAGCACUCAUGGCGAGACAUGUGCAAAAGGCCUCAGAAGAAUGGCUGAAGGCCAAACAUGCCACCAACCAGCUGAUGGGGAGGGUUGAGAUGCUUUUCAGGCCGUACCUGCGCUGGCUGGACCGUAGCAUGGAGAAAAUCUUCACUGAUGGAGCCAGACAGUUGAAAAAAGACAUUGACUUGCAGAGGUCUGGAAUACAGUUUGUCCCCUACGAGCAGCUCAAGGUCACUGUUUUUAAGAACACAGGCAAGAAAACAGACACUCCUGAUCGUAUAGUGUCACUCACUGCGGCUUCAGCGGAAGAGGAGGAGGGAGAGCAUGACGAAGCUGUUGUAGAGGAGGAGGACACUGCUUUUGGCAGUGACGGGGAGGCAGGUAACCGGCAGGUGGAGAACAUCAAAACAAGAGAGCGACGCAAAGGCAAUGAGAUCAAACUGCUAGGAUUGAGACUGGGAGAACAGACAGCCACUGUGACGGCCAGACAGGUCACUGUGUCUCUGCAAUGCAGCCGGUGUAAAGUUUGUGCUGAUCUGACCCUGAAUGAACGGCUGCCCUGUACAGCUCAGUGUGAGAAAUGUGGAGCAGAAAUCAGGUCUGCAUUUAGGUCCAGUAUUCUGCACCACUACAGCGAUGUUUUGGGUUAUCUGGACCUAUAUGCAGCUGUGCCUGUAGAUCUGAUACUGCAGGAGUCCGAGUUCAGUGUCGGCUGCCUAAACUGCAACAAGGAGGACACGAUUCAGAAUCUGACCUAUGGCCAAAACUGGGAGCAAAACUGCCAACAUUGCCACACCAAACUCAGCAUCUUUGUUGAGGCUGCGCGGUUUCAGUUCAUUCAGCCAGAGGCCAGAAAAACCACAGGUGCGACUGCUCAAUAUACUCAGAGAUAUAGAGACCCUGCGGUUCAGCAUGGAAAGCCUCUACCUGAUAAAGGUGCCUGCAGACACUACAGGCAAAGUCACAGAUGGCUGAGGUUCCCUUGCUGUGGUCGUGCUUACGCAUGUGACGCCUGUCAUGAUGAGGAUCAGGACCAUCUGAUGGAGUUGGCCACCAGGAUGAUCUGCGGUUAUUGUGCCAAAGAACAGCCUUACAGUAAAGGUAAGCCGUGUGUGAGCUGUGGGGGUAUGAUGACCAGAGACACUCACACGAGCCACUGGGAGGGUGGAAUGGGCUGUAGGAACAGGGUUAAGAUGAGCAGAAAUGACAAGCACAAAUACUCCAACAUGAGCAAAACGGUGUCUAAGAAAACAACCCAAGAGAAGUAACCAAAUGAUGAUUCAUAAACAGCUCUUCAAUCAUGUCAUAAGUUACAGAGAUUUAUGAAAGCCAGAAAUUCUCUUGUGCAUUGAUUUCCUUAUUGCAGUUUCGAAUAAAAUUCUAUAUAUUUUACAGACUGUAUAUGAUACUGAUACAGAUGUUUGUACUGCUCUUUUCAAUCGAGCCUUUGUUAAAUAGUAGAGAAUAAAGAACAAAUGAAUUUA